AAAAAUUAUAACUCAUUUGCAAAUGAUCGCAGCAUUUAGAGAAAGUAGCUCCACUGGAAGCGGCUUCCUCGGCCUCUUGUUUGACUUCAAACUUGGCUGUGAGGAUGUGCAAUAAAGGGCAGGAAGCUAUAAGUGUCAGCAUCAUCCACAGGGGUCACGCGCACAUUUUGCCAACGCCAAACUCGCCCUCGUACAUGGGACAGGCUUCUACGGUUUCAUCCCUGGGAAACUCAAAUCUUCAGCCUGUCAUCAUUCUUCAGGUAGCCUUUGUGAGUACAAGUGGCCGAUCGUACUUUGUCGUGGCCUCAACAUUUGGCGUCCAGAUCUUUGAUGAGGGUGGCUCGGUUAUUUUAUUUUCAUAUGACAUUUCAAAAAGCCCUGUCAGCGCCUUUGACACCGACGCCAGCAGCGCGCCGUAUGCCGUAGGGAUCGCAAAAUUAUCCACUCGACCAGACACUGCUUCAAUAUGUGUUGGAGCCAGCAGUGGCGGAAUUUUGGUUCUGAGUGCCAUGGGCUUGGACAUUUCCUUCAGUUCCAUGUCUCGAAAUCACGACUACAGCGUCACUUGCCUUGCCGGACUGGACAGGACUCUUAUUUCCGGAGACACGUCAGGAACAGUCAUGUCUUGGAAAAUCGACAACAAUGAGAAAUUAAACCGCACCUCUUUCAUCAGAGGGCCAAAUUGGAGCUGCACCUGCUUGUGUGCGUAUUAUGAUCUCGCUGGCAAAGCGAUGGCCGUGGCCGCCUUCGGAAGUGGCCACCUUCGCAUAUACGAGGCGGCCACCUUGGCUCUUAGAGCAGAGGUGGCCGCUCACUCUCGAUGGAUCACCGGUCUAGACGUCGCGCCUGAAACUCGCAUGCUCAUUUCUUGCAGCGAAGAUUCCAUUUUUACAAUCUGGCAGCUCAAUCCAGACGAAUGCACUCCAAUUGACUACGUUUGCAGUUCUUCAGUGGCAAACCACAAAUUGUUAGGCGCAAGAUUUCUUAACUCCCAUGGGACGUCUUUGUGCCUCAGCUCAUUUGAAAGCAACUUCAUCCAUUGUUUUAAUUUGACGGACUAGAUAAAAAAUAUAAAUAUCAAUGAAUCAGGCUUGUAUAGUCUUUUUAUUUUCUUUUUUAUUUAAAUUCCAUA